AUGCUUGGUCAACAGAUCACAAACUUUGUUUGUAUCAAUGAUCAAAAACAAAUCAAGUCCCAACUUAAAUUGAUGACAUCAGGUCAAGGUUCAUUAGUUUGGCAAGACCAUAUUGAGUUGAUCAAUGAUCUUGGUAAAUCCGUUCCAUUCUCAGUUACAAUGAUUGGUAUGAAAGACAAUGAUAAUUCCAAUGAACUUAAUUCUAUUGUCUUUAUUCUUACAAACGAAACAGGAGAAAUCAAGAAACGAACAGCUGCAGAAAACGCGAAACAACGAAGUGAAAAACUUCUUUACCAUAUUCUUCCAAAAGACAUUGUUGUUCGCUUAAACCGAGGUGAGAAAGACAUUUCAUUCACAAUCCCUCAAGCUACAAUUUUCUUCAUCGACAUUGUCAAGUUCUCAGUUUAUUCAUCAUCACUUACUCCAGGGGAAAUCAUGAGUAAUCUAAGUUAA